CCCUGAAUGAUCGCCAGCAUUUGGCAAAUUCAUCCUUUAAAAGGAACAACUUUACAUACCUUUCAGAGUGAUUGGUUUCGAAGGUGCAGAAGAGGAUCAUUAUUAUUAUUAUUAUUAUUAUUAUUAUCAUCAUCAUCAUCAAUAAUGGCGGAUUUGAUGAUCGGGGCGCGGCUGUACAGUUGCCAGAAUUGCAGUAAUGAAGUAUCACGACAUGAUGACAUUAUUUCGAAGGGGUUUCAGUCGCUGAGGGGAAGAGCGUUCUUGUUCUACGAAGCAAGGAAUGUGGAAGAGGGGCCUCAACAGGAGAAGAUGUUACUCAGCGGAACAUACAUAGUUUCUGAUUUGUUUUGUUCGGAGUGUGGCCAAAUGUUGGGAUGGAAAUACAUCAAGGCUUAUGAUGAAACUCAGAGGUACAAAGAAGGCAAAGUGGUUUUGGAGAAGUUCAAGAUCACCAACGAAUGUUGCUAAUUUCAUUUCAUUUCAUUUCAUUUCCCACAACUCUUUCUCCUUUCUCUGUAACAUAACUCCUCAAUUCCUGUUACCUUCUUUCUUUAUCAAAUAAUCAUUCAAGCCUUGAAUUCUCUACUAACUUCCAUUUUCAACCUUCUCCAUUUACUCACCACCCCUAUCACAUACCAUAAACUUCGCUGAUUUCAAGCAGCUUCACUACCAAAUUGUAGACAGCGACUAUCUCACAAUCUGGAUAUACCAUCUUACGAGACCCAUUACACAAUCAAAACUUCACCAUCAUCCAUGGAACUAAAUUUGGC